GGACAAAAAUUCUAUACAUCGAUAUGAUGCUGCUUGCCCCCAGCGAGAGCUACCCUGUGAUUAACACAACCCUUCGGACGAGAUCCGGGGAAGUGGCUCGAACCAUUGACAUUUUGUCUUGCUACCUUUUUCAACCUUUACCCCCCGUCUGAUCGCUGCAGACCGGGUCAUACGAGUCAGGUUUCAGCCUUGGAGGUGUUUCCAAGUUGCCAGUAUUACCCGAACCUCUUUUAAGUACAGCUUGAGCCUCGCGUAUGAAGAUUUUCGCUUCAAGCUUCAAAAUCAGAUUCCAGGCACGCGUGCGAGUGAAUAAACCAUAAGAUGGAAAAGAAAGUCACCAUCCAGGAGACAUCACUAACGAGGAAGCGUGAGUCCCUCGCAGACAAAACUCCCAGAGACCUUUGGAAAGACGACCGACUCAACACGAUCACGCCAACAAGUGGUCUGGACCUGCUCAUACGCCAGGCAGUCGCACGCAACAGCAGCAGCGCCGCCGCAUUUUACUUCUUUGAUGAAGAUGGAAAACCCAUAUCUCCCCCCGCCUCUCCCCUGCGGCGGUCCAUACAGCCCCUAGAGAACAUGGCAGACCGCAUGCGACAGAAACGCAGAUCGUGGUACGACCCGGACGACGAUGAUCAUGACCGCCCAGCCGCCGAGUCGCGCCUCCUGGCUCUGCCCACCGAGCUGCAGUUCUGCGUGAUAACAUACCUAGGACUGAGCGAUAUCGAGCGCCUCAGACGCACGUCUCGGUAUUACCGGUUCUUACUCAGUCCAGAGUAUGUGCGCGCGCUCUUUGGCGGCCAGCAGGGCCUCGCGAGCCAGCUCACGGGUCAUUGUCAGCGGUGUCUCGAGACGCCCGGGCGCAGCUCCCUGAUUCUGCAGCUGCAGCAGCAGCAGCAGCAGCCAAAUGGGGCUCCACUGAGUAGCAAGUGUUUCCAGUGUAGCGUGCAUGAGCGCGAGCUCAAGAUCGGGGUAAGCGUUCCGCUGGCGAAUGCGCAAAAGGCCUGGGUGUGUAGGUGGUGCGGGUGGCCGGUGGCCGGACCGCACAGCUGGGCAAAUGAGCAAUUCCAUGUCCAGUGUUAUGACGGGUAUUAUAGAGUGCUGUGGGCAUUUCUGUGUCUGGGUUUUGCGCAGUUCGCCGUGGGUGUGGUGGCCGCGGCGUUGAGCCUAGUAUAUUAUAGGGAAGAGUUGGUCGUGCUUGCUCCUUCUGUAGUAAACCUCGUCUUAUUAUGGGUCUGCAUGGCCUUUCUUAUGCUCAGAGGUAACCGAGUGCGUACCUAUCAUUGGGUCGGCAUCGUGGAGUUUAUCAUCAUGGGUCUUUGGAUCCCACCCAUAUAUGGGGUCGCAAAAGAACUGAGGAUGCAUUCCGAUGGGAAGGUCCAUGCAAGCUCGGUGGCUACACUGGCAUUAUUCGCGAUAAACAUGCUUUUCCGGCUGUUCAAUGUGGUUGGAAAUGUCAUUCUGGCUUUCGAGUAUGACAUGACCAGACAUCAUGCGCCACAGGUCACUCUGCAACGCCGGUUGUUGAAUUUAUUAAUGACGGGCUUGAUCUACUGGACAUAUCCACAAUGCGUUGAACAAAGAUAUCCGCCAGAUUUUAACUGACUCCAUAGGCGAAGCCUUCAAGCAAAGC